UCUGUGUAAACCACUCCUCUACCUUUUAUGCUCUGUGCAAAUGUCAACAGCAGAUGAUUAACCAGCUUGAUAAUCUAGCAACUUGUGCUGAAUUUCCCCAAGAACUUCCUUAUUAGAAACUUCCUUGCGUUUAUCUGAAAUGAGAUAAAAAAAAGUGUUUUUUUGUUUUUUACUGGACCUGAAGUUCCUAUUCAAGAUGUAUUAUGCUGGAGACGGUAGCACUGAUUCUGACAUACACCCAUUGGGAACAGCAGAUAUAACCUGGCAAAUCCCUGAAGAACCUAUUUCAAGGCAAUUUCCAAAUGGUGCAUCUCUCCGUUACCGUGGUAAUGAAGUUAAAGGUAACACAGAGGUUAUUCAACCUAAAAAUGGAUAUGGGACAUUCCAAAACUGGAUAGAUUCAAGUUUAGAAGAUGAGAACAAACCCCUUAAAGAGCUUCCCUGCUCCAUACAACAGAAGAGAGAAAUAAGGAAAAAACAAGAAAGAAAAAUCAAGAAAAAAACCAAAUGGGAGUCAUGGAAAGAAGAUAAGAGGAGGUCCUUCAGACAAAGCUACAACAAAGCAUCAGAGACUCUGAGAUAUGCAGAGCUAUGGAAAAGCACUAUACAAACCAUUGGAGGGCACUUUGGGACAGGAAUACAGUCAUACUUCAAUUUCCUGAGAUUUUUGGUCUUGAUGAACUUUGUGACUUUCCUCUUAGUUGGGGGAUUUAUUGUAAUUCCCAACAUAGCAUUUGAAGCAUUACAAUUACCACAGAAUGCCACAACUUACAACUCAAAAGUAAAUGCAACAUGUAUGGUCUACAACCCAAAUCCCCUUGGUCUUGAGCGAUAUUACACCUUCAUCAUGGACAUCCUGAUGGGCACGGGUUUUAUGGAGCUCACUUAUCUGUUUUAUGGGUUCUACAAGAAUACAUCCGUAAGCCUCGCUGCAUUCUCUUAUAACAUUCCUCUGGCUUAUCUUCUGACAACCUUGUUUUACUUUCUUCUCAGUCUGCUAUGGACAGUGAUUAGAUCUGUAAAAGGUUUCAAACGUAGCUUGGUAACUGAAGAUACAACACUGAGUAGCUAUACCAACAAGGUGUUUGCUGGCUGGGAUUUUUGUAUGAAAGAUCAGCGAAUCAUUAAAAUGAAACAUAACAGUAUCCGGUAUGAACUGAAGGUUGAUCUAGAAGAAGAAAAGAUGAGACGUCAGCACGCUCAGCGCACAAUGUUACAGCGCUCUGGAAUUUAUAUACUAAGAGGCUUCCUCAACCUUAUUGUAAUCAGCCUCAUUGGAGGAGCAUUCUAUUGUAUCUACAGCUCUACUGUUGCCUCCCAAGAACUGCUGUCGGAAAACACUGUCAAGGGUAAUUUUAUUUUGGAGUUGCUGGUAGGAUAUCUCCCUUCUAUUGUCAUCACAGCCAGUAACUUCAUUCUUCCUAUGCUCUUCAACAUUAUCAUUACAUGGGAGAAGUACACCAUCACCUGGGAAAUCAGACUUACCUUAAUCAGAUGUGUAUUCCUACGUCUUGCCAGUCUGGGAAUGCUGCUCUAUUCACUUUGGGACAAGAUCACUUGCAGUGGGCAUCCCGAAGCCACCAAAUGUGAAUACUGCGGAUACAACUCUGACGAAUACAAAUGUUGGGAGACACGAGUGGGGCAAGAGAUGUACAAAUUGAUGAUAUUUGAUUUCCUGACUGUACUUGUGGUAAUACUGCUUGUGGAUUUCCCUCGAAAAAUGAUGGUUGACUCCUGCUCAUGCAAGCCAAUUCAGUUCUGGGGCCAGCAAGAAUUCCUUGUUCCCCAGUACGUUCUGGACAUUGUCUAUGGUCAAACAGUCUGCUGGAUUGGGACAUUCUUCUCUCCACUGCUACCCCUUCUCAAUACUAUCAAAUAUUUCAUCAUAUUCUACAUGAAGAAGGUGACGCUUUUCACCAAUUGCCGUCCUGCUGACCGGACAUUUCGAGCAUCAAGUGCCAACUUCUUUUUUCUGUUGGUUCUGCUUCUAGGACUUGCUCUGUCUUGGGUGCCAGUCUUAUACACUAUAUUUACUAUGAAUCCAUCCAAAGCAUGUGGACCAUUCAGAGGACAACCAUCUAUCUGGGACACCAUCCCAACAACAGUGCAAACCUUCCCAAAGGUGGCACGGGAGUUUGUUGAGUUCAUUGGCUCACAGGCAUUUAUAAUUCCUUUCUUCGGCUUUUCAUGCAUUAUAAUGUUCUACCUAAUUGCACUGGGGAACUCAUAUGGAAGACUGGUGAAGAUGCUGAAGGACCAGUUGCAGAUGGAAAGAAGCAGGAAAAUAUUUCUAAGUCAAGGAAAUUAUUAAACUGUGAACAAGCAGCUACUAAGAAAGCAAUGAUUGUCCAGAAUUGUGAAUAGUUUCUACAUCCGAUUUUACUAUUAUAAAGAGGCUGUUUUUCUUGGAUGCAUUUCUAAAUGUGUCCCCUCCCACACAUGACAAAAAAAUCAAAUCUGUUUUCUUUACACAAAGGAGAUGGUGUGAAACAGCUGUUUAAUCUAUUACGUAAUUUGUUAUAUUUUACAAAUAUGAAUACAGGUAGCCCUCAGUUUACGCCGGGGUUAGGUCCCAGAAGGAAUGGUUGUAAAUUGAAACCGUUGUAAAUUGAAACCCACUUUAUAAUGUAAGUCAAUGGGAAGUGAGGGAGUUAGGUUCCAGGCCCCUCUCAAAAUUGGCUUCAGUAACACCUAAUACAUUAUUUUUAAAGCUUUGAAAUGACGACUUUAAAUGCUAAACAGCAUUAUAAACCUAAUAAAAUAAUCACACAACACAGAAUAUAUAAUUAAACUAAGUUAAGUGAACAAAACAUUUGCUAAACAGCAUUAUAAACCUACUAAAAUAAUCACACAACACAGACUUUACUUGCAUUUUUCUGCAAACAAUUCUUUCUAUGAAUUCCAAUCUGGACUGAUUUAUAGACAGGAAGAUCUUGUUCCUUUGCAAGCUGCUCGAUAGCUCAGGUCUGGUUAAACUGAAUAAUUUCAGCUUGCUUGGCUUGCAUAUCUUUGCUGCAACACAAGCGGACAGCUCCACCUACUGGCUAUUUUAAUCAAUGCACUGCUUCUCAAUGCUUUUCAAUAGCAGUCACAAUACUGAAAAAAAGGUUGUUAUUCUGAAACGGUGCAAAUUGAACCGUUGUAAACUGAGGGCCACCUGUAUAUUAAACAAAAUCUUUAGAUAAUCAGAUAAUAAAAUGAAGAUGCCAAAUUAAUCUUUUUUUAAUAAGUCAAAAAUGUAUUUUUCAAAAUAUAAUAUUGUUUCUUAA